AGUGCCGGAGGUGGAACAUGCUUCACAGCGUCAGGAAGAAAACGUCAGUUCAGAGGGCGGAGGUGAGAGGCGGACAUCAUGGCUGCGCCGAGUGACAUCAUGGAAGACCUGGGUUCUGUGGGUGCCGCAGGAGCCCUCUCGGCUGCUCAUGCUUUGUCCCUCCCAGCAGAAGCAUAUGGAAAUGAUCCCAAUGUCGAGAUGAUCUGGGCAAUGAAAGCCUAUCAACAUGCAGAGGUGUACUAUAAUCUAAUUUCAUCCGUGGAUCCCCACCACUUGAGGCUGACAAAGAUGGAUGAUCUAAUCUAUAGCACAUUCCGAGAAGAAUUUCCUGAUCUCUGCAUUGACAAACUUGAUCCAGACGAUCUGAAAGCUCCAGCAUCUAAAGAGAAAUGGCGGCCGUAUUGCAUAAGGUUUGAGAAGGAAGUAGAAGACUUUAACUAUGGAACUUUAUUGAGGUUGGACAGCAGCAAAGACUAUACAGAGGAGAAUACCAUCUUUUCAACCAGAAUCCAGUUUUUUGCCAUUGAGAUUGCACGGAACAGAGAAGGGUGCAAUGAUUUGGUUUUUCAGCAUAAAAAAUCCGGAGGCAUAGAGUGAAAUGGUCGGAAGUAGUUCAACAGAAAGUACAGACAAUGUGGUUAAAUGGGAAAAUAUAAAGCUCUUCUGUUUUUCUUCAGUGCCUCAAAACAUAUUGGUCAUGUUGCUCCAAGCGGUCAUUCUAAUUUUUUUGUGCAGUAGUAGUAGUAACUUUCUUAUAGUGUUAACAUUUUAUUUAUGCUUUUGGCAUUCACAUUGGUAAAUAUUGACCACUCAGAAGCUUUCAGGUUCCUACAGAACUAAUCCAAAAUAAACUAAUUUGUACAGCUAUAUUUUCAGUAACAU